UCAGAAGUCAAAACAGAAAGCACCAUCUCUACAGCAGAGGAAGAACAUGCUGCUGCUCCUGAUAACUGUCUGCCUUCUCAAAGGUGUAGCCUCCCAAAUCAUCGGAGGUGGAAACGCCACAGCUGUAUACGGUGGAAAUGCACAUUACAGCUGCUCCCUAGCUAAUCCGACAGGUGUUCUCCAGGUGACCUGGCAGCGCCUUUUCCACGAUGAGUCCGUGGAGAACAUUGCCACGUACAGCAAACGGUUUGGACAAAGGGUCAAUGAGCCGUUCCGUGAAAAGGUCAACUUCACAGAGGCUUCUCUCAGCUCGACGUCCAUCACCCUUAACAACGUGAAGUGGGAAGACGAGAGCUGCUACAUUUGUUCAUUUAACGUGUAUCCCGAUGGCUCCAAAAGAAAGCAGACAUGUCUCACAGUAAAAGGAAUAUCUAAAGUCAACACAAGCCACACGGACCCUGUUGAACUUGAGAACAACUACCAGAUGGUUAAGUUCAACUGCGAGGCCACGGGAAAACCAGCUCCGACCAUCCAGUGGAACGUUACUGGUGGUCCUGGUGUCACCGACCAACAGGAAGCGCCGGUAGCUAAAGAAAGAAACAGCGACGGCACAUUCACCAGCUCCGGCAGCGUCUCACUGAGGGUACCUGCCGGCUGGAAGGGACAAGUGGACUGCCUGCUGAACAGUGGGAUGGAAUCACAAAGGAGGGAGACAGUACCUUUCCAGAGGCAUGGUCCUGAGGAUGAGGGGCAAGGACCGUCUAAGUCGGGAACUGCUGUGGUCAUUAUUUCAAUUGUCUUCAUUUUAUGUGUUGCCAUUGGAGUGCUCUUUAAAUGCAAAAGGUUGCGAAGGAAAAGAGAGAAUACAUCUGAACUCAUGACUGUUUAAAUUCAGGCAUGAAGACAUGACAUAAAUGCAUUCAUUGCGCCUCACCGGUUCAUUAAGCUUAAGUUAAAAGCCACCAUAAAGGAUGCAUUAUUCACAUGUUGUAUUUAAAAAAUACAACGCAGUAGAGUAGUGUUUUGUUCCAGCAUACUUGGCACUUUAAGUCUCUAGAGCUUCAGGCAAAAUGCUUGUUUAUGCUUUUCUGAAUGUAAAAACUUAGAGAACUAGCAGUUACAGUGUAACACUCAUUCUGUGUUACACUGACUGCAACAUAAUAGUGAAUAGUGCAAUAGCAAAGGUUUUCCUUCAACCCAGAUGGGCAAGGGGCCAGCAUUACCAGGGUAGGUGUGGCGAAAAAUUAAGUUCAGGAAAUGCCCUUUGUCGGCCACUGAUGUCCAAGGUUAGUCUGUAGAGCCAUUUAGUGGACAUUGUGUUGAAUGUAUAUGAAUCUGAAAAAUCCACAGAGGUCCAAUGAAAAUAUAUUUAUAUAACGAAAAUAUAUUAAUAUAAUGAAAAUAUAUUUCAGUUUCAGUGUUCCUACCUGCAAAUCUCACAGAUAUAUACCUCAAAUAAGUGAACUUUAUUUGAAAUCAUGCAUAGUAACUGUAUGUUUUUGAUGCGUGUUGUUUGGUGUGUUGGCAAUUUUGCACUGUUGCACUUUUCUUGUGGUCAGCACUUUUUAUUUUCAUCAAUACUCUUCUUCUUAUCAUUAUAUGUUAUUUAUUGCUUAAACAGACAGACACAAUGCACUCAUAGGAAACAUUCAGGCUACAAUAGACAAACAUAUGUAUGUAUUAUUAACUUGUGUUUUAACUUAUUUGAAUUUUAAUUUAUUAUUUGCACAAUGUGAAUUUCAACCGAAUAUUUAGGAUUGUCUGUCUAAUAAAAUAUUUAUUGUGUACAAUGUUA